CACACUUUCUGUUGCACUUCUUAUGCUCCUUCACCUGGGCAGCCAUGCAGACCCCUAACAUUGUGCAGACCUCCUGCCUCCUCUCUCUGCUCUUCCAUGCCUGCCAAGGGUUCAGCAUCUCUCAGCCUCAGGGUCAAGUAGAAGUAGCAGUGGGAAGCCAUGUCACUUUAGUGUGCGUUGUGUCGAGUGAGAUUCCACACGGGCCAGUGACAUGGUACAAAGAGACUGGCAGUGACCACAGACACUUCUUCAGUUCUUUCCCACGAAAAGGAGAUAUCCAUGACAGACGAGUGACGAGGACUAACGGGGAUCAAACCAACAACUUCAGCAUCACAAUAAGAGACGUCAGAGUCAGCGACACGGGAAAGUAUUACUGUGAGAAAUACACAAAGGGAGAGUGGGACAAACCAUACGCCUUGGGGCCAGGAGUCAUCUUGACUGUGAGCAGUGGUUCUACACUCCAUCAAGGAUCGGCCAUCGUUCAGCAGAGGAGUCCAGUGAAAGCAUUGGAAGGAAGCGAUGUCGUUUUAACCUGCAAGAUGCCCUCAAUAACUUCAUGGGACUUGGUGAGAUGGUACAAAGGGGAGGGUAGCCAACGCACACACGUCUACUCAGGCCUGCUCAAAGCAGGUGACAGAAAUGACGCUCGAGUGACCUGGUCAGGGCAGAAUCCUGGGAUUGAAUUCAGCAUCGUAAUAAAAGGCGUCAAAAUCAAUGACACAGGAAAGUAUUACUGCAUUAAGUAUGAUGAUGAAAAGGGGGACACAAUCUCUAAAGAAGGACCAGGAGUCACUCUGAUUGUCACAGCAAGGAAUGUCACCAUUAUUGGUCCCCCUGGUCGAGUGAAUGUGGGCGAAGUUGUAGAGUUACAGUGUGAAGCCAACAACUACAAUGAUGGUACAUUCAUGUGGAUGAAAAACGGCGAGGCCAUUCCUCAGGACCACUUUACUAUUGCCGGUACUGGUACCCGGCACACAAGUCGUCUGACUCUGCAGACUGAGAAAGGUGACAUCCGAUCAGCCGUCCAAUGUGUGCAGGGCAAAAAUGAAGAACAGAGGAUGUCUGAAGUGUUCAACCUGAGCUCGGUCAUUACAGUGAUGCCACGUUUACAAAUUCAAGGAAGCCCUGAUACAAGGAACAGCUUAUUGGGCAAGUAUUCAUGCCGAGUCGAUGGCUUUUAUCCUGAAGACAUCCUGGUCUCCUGGACCCUUGGGAGAAACAAGAUCCCAGCAUGCUGUGAGAAGGCCCAGGGUGACAUUGAUGGUGCGUUCAGCACCACCUGCCAUAUUACAAUUGCCUUGGCACAGAUUUCCUCGGGAGCCGUGCUGCAGUGUCACGCCGGUUAUCAUGCUCACUGUUGAGAGUGGGCCAAGCGUCGUUACCCCAGAAGGAGACCACCACCUAAGCUGAGGCCUUGACUUGUAUGUGUGAAAGGACAUCAGAAGAAUAUUUAAGAGUCACUUGACUAGCUUUUGUAUGUAGAAAAUGUAUUUAUACUGGAACAGUAAAGCAUAUAUUACUGGAGUGUGCUGCAUCUGAGGAGCAAAAGAGACGUCUUUUUCA